UCUGCCUUCAAUUCCUCUUGAAUUUGGAUGUGCGACGCCAGUCGAGUGUGAUUAUAGCAAAUCGGCUCGAAGGGUACGAGACUGCCUUGACGCGGAUCCUGCCAUGGACGGAAGGCACAGUGCUGGCAGUCAGGGCUCUCCCAGGGACUCGCAUUUUGCACCCAAUGAUUGGGUGUGGUCUCCUGAUGCCAGCUGUGGCUACCGCCGAUCAAGGGUCGUCAGCGUGGAUGAUGGCCGUGAUUCGCUCUAUGUGGACGACACGCGUGGAGGAGCGGCGCACGAGGUCCGGAAGAGCGAGCUGCGACCCUUCUACGACGUGGGGGAGACGCGGACCUUCCAGGAUAACACAGAGAUGGUGCACUUGGACGAUGCCAACAUUUUGGACAAUUUGCGCAAGAGGUAUGCCAAAGACGAGAUCUACACCUACACUGCCAAUGUCUUGCUUGCUGUGAACCCCUACAAGCCCCUCCCCCAUUUGUACACCAAGGAGGCCAUGGACAAGUAUUGGGGCAAGAAUCCUGGGACCUUGCCACCUCAUCCCUAUGCAAUCUCAGAUGUCGCCUACCGGCAGAUGCAGAGAGAUAAAAGAAACCAAGCUUUGGUGAUCAGCGGAGAGAGUGGAGCAGGGAAAACGGAGACCGCAAAGUUCACCAUGAAAUAUUUGACAACAAAAUCCAGGACUGAUGUCGCUCAAGGAAGCCGCAUUCAAGAAAAGAUUGUCAUGGCAAAUCCGAUCUUGGAGUCCUUUGGCAAUGCGACCACUGUGAUGAAUCUCAAUUCCUCCCGCUUUGGGAAGUACAAUGAGAUGAUGUUCAAUCCUGUAGGCUCUUUGGUCGGUGCAGGGAUCAAAACCUUCCUACUGGAGAGUUCCCGUGUUGUUGGCCAGCAGAAGGGUGAGAAGAACUAUCACGUCUUCUACGAACUCCUGUCUGGUAUGGAUGAGGAUGCUCUUUCAGAAUUGUGUCUGGAACGAGAUCGGAGCUACAAGUUGAUUCACUCGAAUGGGCCUCAACCAGCUGAGGAAUCUGCAGAUGCACGGCGGCUAGCCAAACAGUUUCAAGAACUCAAGGAGGCCUUGAGCCUUUUCCUUGACGAAGAACCUCAGAACAAUAUUUGGCAAGUGCUUGGUGCCUUGAUCCACCUUGGUGAGGUGGACUUUGUCGAGCUUGAAGCCGAGGAAGAAAAGGAUACAUUUUUGCAACCACCAGAGCCUUCUCCAAGCCACUGCGCCUCACCGAGCGCCAGUUCAGCUGCUGCCUCGGACCUUACAUCCAUCUCUCGAUCCCUUCCCACCACGCAAUCCGCCCAUGUGGAGAUUCAUCCAGACACUGAAGACUCACUGGAGAUGGCAUGCGGUUUGUUGGGAUUAGGUGCCAAGGCAGUUCGCAAAAUCUUGAAGUUCAAGGAGAUGCGCGUGAACCGUCAGGGGAGAAUCUCAGAGAUCAGAUGUCCUCGCACUUUGGCUCAAGCACGGCAAACCUUGCAUUGCAUCAUCAAGAUCCUCUACAAGCGCCUCUUUGACAAGAUCGUGGCCAGCAUCAAUCACGUGUCCAACGCCGGUGCAAAGUAUCAGGAGAACAAUUACCACAACAUUGGAACUCUCGACAUUUAUGGGUUUGAGCGUUUGGAGUCCAACAGCUUCGAACAACUUUGCAUCAAUUUGGCCAACGAGCGCCUGCAGCAGUUCUUCGUGGAGGAAGUCUUGGAAGCGGAGCAGCGGAUGUAUGCAGAGGAGAGGUUGAAUGUCCAGAUGAUGGAAUUGCCCGACUCCGCGCCCGUGGUCUCUGGGAUCCACUCAGUGCUGAAGCUCCUGGAUGAACACAGCUUACGUGCUGUGAAGAACUUGGUUCGCGAGGGAGGUGCUAAGGACUCCAAAUUUUGCGAACAAGUCUACAGAGAGCUGAUCGAUACAAAAGGACAACGGGCUAUCAUGGCCUUGAAGCUAAAAGCCAGUCGCACCGACCGUGGGCCCAGUUUGCAUGAUGGUUUCCAGAUUGCACACUACGCAGGUGCAGUAUCUUACAGCACCAAGGGCUGGAUUGACAAGAACAACGAUUCGCUGGUGCCUGAGAUUGAACAAGUGCUCAAUGAUGCAGAAAUUCCUUUGAUCCAAGAAAUGGCUGAUUUGAGCCGUGCUGCUUCUGGUGAACGCUUGUGCUCUGUGAGCAGCAUGUAUCUGAGCAAUCUCACCGAUUUGUUGGCGACCUUGAAGAAGUGCUCAGUCCACUACAUCCGCUGCUUCAACCCCAAUCAGGAGCGAAAGGCUGGAGUCUUCAACGCCAAGUAUGUGCUGGACCAAGUGAUCCAGUGUGGUACGGUCGAAUUGGUCAACAUCAUGCACCAUGGCUACCCUCAUCGAUGCAUCUUGAAAGAUCUCCGUGGUCGUUUCCAGAAGCUCUUGCCACCAGAGUUCGCGCACUACUCUGACAGGGACUUUAUGCAUGCGGUGAUGUUGGCCUGGGAGAUCGAUGAUCAUCAGUGGACCCUGGGCACCAGUCGUUUGUUUCUGAAAGCCGGGCAGCUUCGCGCCUUGGAGGAGCUCCGGGACAUUGGUGGCCAGGCCUCCCAAGGGGUCAUCAAGAAGAUCCGACGACAGUUUGCAAUGAAGAAAGCGCGGGCAUAUGCACAUGCCAUCGAGUUUGUGAAGUACUUACAGAUGGUCACCCUUGAAGGCAAACGAGAACGGACCUAUGCUGGAUUGCGCAGGGCCAUCCGCUUCAUGGUGCGAAUCAAUCGCUGGAAGAAUCGAGCUUUGAAGCGCGUGGCUCCAACGGCCGAAGUGAUUUUCACCCGAAAACUGGGAGUUCCCUUCGAGACCAUGACGUUGAGUUUGAGUGCUUCCCUUUUGCCAGAGAUGUUCGUGACCAUGGGGGCUCAAGACAUGCCCUUGAUCCAUUCACGUUCAAAGGUGCCAAAGGACAUGACAUCUGCAGAGUAUGACAUGCAGUGGCAGGCCGAGGCAAAGGAGAGCAUUCUUUACUUCAACGAAGGGGUGCUGAAGUGUGCCAAGUUGAUUGGAGGUGCCUUUGCAAAAGGCGCUCGCGGAAGCUCUGGAGCCAUUGGCGAUGUUCGGCUGGUGGAUUGCUGCAAAACUGGCCGUGCAUUCCCUGUUUCAUCAAGCCCAGAGUUGGACAAGAUCACGUGCAUUUGCCAGAAUCCUGAGAACAGUCAGGUGUUUGCCCACUGCGAGCGCUCCAACACGAUCUUGGUUUGGCACUGGAGGGGAACAAGCUCCAAUGUCGACGAGCCUGCCGUGGCUGUGUCCCACAAUUUCAAGCUUCCGUCGCUGUGGCAGGUUUUCCGGAUGUGCUUUCUUCCAAAGCCAGCCUCCAAGCAGGGAGAGCAUGUCAUCGCCUUCUUGGGCCGAAUGCAUGACUCCAACUGGCUGGCAGUGAGUGUCUACACCGUGUGGAGGGGACCCAAAGGCACAUGUGUGAAGCUAAAUCUCAUCAAGCAGGUUUACCCAGAUCUGUUUGACGAGGCUUUGCAGAUGGAGGGAGCUGUCAUCUCACACUUCGAGCUAUCCCAUUCCGGAAGAACACUGAUCCUUGCAGGUGACCGGCUUUUGCGGUUGUAUUCUGUCUCGUUUACAUCCUCAGGAGUGGAGCUUGAAGAUCUUGACCCUGCACAAGACUGUGAAGCUCACAUCUUGAAUCGAGACCCUCAUGGUACGGUGACCGCAGUUUGCCCUUUGCCUAUGGAACCUGGAUCUCGUGAAGGCUUUGUGGACUGGAUUUGGCUUGGUGUGAGCAGCGGAGACAUGUUUGGCAUUCUGUUGGAAGAGAACAGCAGUGGAGCCAUCUCAGUCGCUACCUCAUCAGGACGCUUCCGAAGGAACACCCAUUCACAUGGGGUACCCAUCCAAGCGAUUGUUGCAGUUCAUGAGCCCUCGGAGGGGGACUCUCGCAGCUUACAUCACGAUCUCACAAGGAGGAAGGCCCACAUCAACCCAAAUACGGUCAUGUCGAUCAGUGCUGAUGGAAAGCUAUUGCAAAGCGAGCGUCGAUCGCACCAGUGGGAGCCAGCGACUGAGUGGAAUGUGCCUUUGUCGUUGGACGCUCUUCGUCAUGGAUUUGCAGCUCGAUCUUCGGCAUUGGUGCCCCAAGUGCUUUUGCUUGCGGAUGAGGGUAGGCAAAUGCUCGUAGCUUAUGACCAGAGGCAGCCGAUCAAUUCGGGUGUCGUUAGCUGCUCUUUGGUGUGAUUGAUGGCGGUAGACCCCAUCUUUUGCCUGGUUUUUUUCAAUGUCGAUACUGGGGGGAGCUGAGCCAUAAAUCCAGCAUCAACUUUCUAAGCAGCACUUCCGGACUUAUUCAUCAAAAGCGCUCAAGAAAGACCUCCAGCUCAUCCGUUGAGCUAAUUCAUGAGUCAAAUCCUAAUUAAUCUGCGCAGAUCCACGCUUUGCCGACUCAAUUCAUGCAG